GUGGAGUCGUGAUCCACAUUGUACAAGCAGCUGAUGGGAGGGUGCUGCGUUCAGACAGGAGACAGGAUCCAUGGCAACAAUCAUGGCAGAGGCAGAGACCCGUCAGCGGCUGCUGCGCACCGUCAAAAAGGAGGUGAAGCAGAUUAUGGAAGAAGCUGUCACCAGGAAAUUUGUCCACGAAGACAGCAGCCAUAUUGUGUCCUUUUGUGCUGCAGUGGAGGCGUGUGUCCUUCAUGGGCUGAAGCGGCGAGCGGCAGGCUUUCUACGUAGCAACAAGAUCGCGGCACUCUUCACCAAGGUGGGGAAAAGCUUUCCCCCAGCUGAGGAGCUGUGCAGGAAGGCCCAGGAGCUCGAGCAGAUCAUUGAGACAAAACGAAGUCAAAGCUUGCAAAGUCAAGACAGCAUUCGCAAGAUGCCCCGACUGCCCAGCCUCAGCCCACCUGUAGUCAAGAACCUGUGGAUACGGACGGCUCUUUUUGAGAAGGUGCUAGACAAGAUUGUCCUCUACCUGGUGGAGAACAGCAGUAAAUACUACGAAAAAGAGGCUGUUCUCAUGGACCCUGUAGAUGGACCCAUCCUCGCAUCUCUGUUGGUUGGACCUUGUGCAUUGGAAUACACAAAGAUGAAGACAGCUGACCACUUCUGGACAGACCCGUCUGCUGACGAGUUGGUACAACGACAUCGUAUCCACGGUGGCCUCUGCAGGCAGGAUUCUCCUACUAAGAGGCCCGCGCUGUGUAUCCAGAAGCGGCACUCCAGCAGCAGCAUGGAUGAGCGCCCCUCCCCCUCACCAUCAGCUCGUGAAUAUGUGGAGUCGCUGCAUCAGAACAACAGGGCGACACUACUGUUUGGCAAGAACAACGUGCUCGUACAACCGAGGGACGAUAUGGAGGCUAUUCCAGGUUACCUGUCUCUGCACCAGACUGCUGAACUCAUGACACUAAAGUGGACGCCCAAUCAGCUCAUGAACGGCUCUGUGGGAGACUUGGAGUAUGAACGCAGCGUUUACUGGGACUAUGCCAUGACAAUCCCUCUAGAGGAGAUAGUUUAUUUGCAUUGUCAUCAGCAAGUGGACAGUGGGGGGACGGCAGUGCUGGUCAGUCAAGACGGGAUCCAAAGACCUCCACUUCGCUUCCCUAAAGGAGGUCAUUUGCUCCAGUUCCUCUCCUGCCUUGAGAAUGGCCUCCUUCCCCACGGCCAGCUUGAUCCUCCACUCUGGUUGCAGAGGGGAAAGGGAAAGGUGUUUCCUAAGCUACGAAAGAGGGUUCCUCAGGGAUCUGGAUCCUCAGACUCGGUCUCCGAUAAGGAGGAGGACGAGGCCACGGACUAUGUCUUCCGAAUCCUCUUUCCAAACAGUCAGUCAGAAUUUGUGACUGUAACUCAUCCUCCCCAUCUGACUUCAUCCCUGUCCUUCCAACCGAUUGGAAAGUGCCCUACCAAAACAGGGACCCUGGUCGUACCCAGGCAGUCCUGCAGCUGUCCUGAAGAAUCCCCCUCACUCACAGGAAGCAGCUUGACUCCUCCAGAUCUGAUGGAUCCGGGAGCUAAGAUGUGGCAUCCCACUCUCAGGAAGUCCUCGUGUUCCUCCUGCUCUCAGGGGAGCUUCUCUGAAGCGGCGACACCCAAGGGGUGCAACCAUGAGAGGACUCCUCUGAAGCUGCUAUGUGACAACAUGAAGUAUCAGAUCAUCUCCAGGGCAUUUUAUGGCUGGCUGGCAUACUGCCGUCACCUUUCUACAGUGCGUACGCACCUCUCAGCUCUCGUAAAUCACACCAUUGUGGCGCCCGACGUGCCCUGUGCCGCCUCCGGAGGCCUCACUGCAGACGUUUGGCAGACUUUCCUCAAAGACUGCACAGCCUACAAGGAGCAGGAGCUGCUGCGCCUGGUGUACUUCGGUGGGGUGGACCCAUCACUGAGGAAAGAGGUGUGGCCUUUCCUGCUGGGUCAUUACCAGUUUGGUAUGUCAGAGGCUGAGAGAAAGGAGGUGGAUGAUCAGGUCAGAGUGUGCUACCAGCAGACCAUGGAGGAGUGGCUCAGCUGUGAGGAGAUUGUCCGCCAGCGAGAGAAGGAGCAGCACGCUGCGGCUUUGGCGAAGUGCUCCUCAGGUGCAAGCAUGGACAGUUACAGUCAGAAGAUGAAGCAUCACGAUUCAACUGUGAGCAAUGAGUCCUCCCAGAGCUCAGACAGGCAGAGUUUGGCUCGCCUGCAGAGUGAUUCCAGCAGCAGCACACAGGUGUUUGAGUCUGUAGAGGAGGUGGACCAGAUUGAGAUGGAGCCCAAGAAUGGAGAAACCAAACAGGUGCCUAAGCUGCCCAAUGGAGCUCUGCAGAACGGGACGAGCUCUCCUGACUCUGGACAUCCUUCCUCUCGCAACUUCUCCAUCACCUCUGGCCUGUCGGACGGCUCCUUCAGCACAGAGGACAGCGCUGCACAAGAUACAACCCCGAGACCUGCAGCUGUCCCUCAGGCGUCACAGAGCUCUGUCAAGCCUGCAGGAGGAGAGAGCGAAGGUCAGUCAUUGGAAAAGGACGGCCAGGUGGAAGGUGAAGUGAAGGACAAAAGGGUGGAGAAAGAGAAAGCCUCCGAUGUGACCAAAACUUCAAAACAUGCUGCAGAAACAGGUGAUAAAAUAGACACGAAAAAUACGAGUUUAAAGCGUGAAAUGAAAGAUAAUAUCGAGGAGUCACAAGCUGUUAAAGCAGCGGGGACAAAGCUUGAAGAUAAAAGCCUCGAUAGGAACAUUAAAGGUAACCAAUCUUUAGAGACACUAGAAGCGGCAAAAGCAUUGAAACCCGAAGAAGCGAAUGUGGAAAAGAUGGAGGAAGUGGACGAAUCAAAGACGAGUAAAGAGGUUUUAGUAACAGGAGGGAAAGAGAAAAUAUUCAAAGGUCCCGGAGCUCCUGAAAUGGAAAAUCUCACUCUCUCAGCAGACACCAGAGUGGUGAAAGCAAGAGAAGCCUACAGUGCCACUCAGAAAGAUGAGCCUCACAUCAUGACUGAGUCAGAUGAGUCUCCCUCAGCCAUAGAAAUGGAGGAGAUCCCCAAAGCCAAAGUUUCCAUGGUGCCUUGGAGCAGGAAAGGACAUUGUGAAACCUCGUCUUCCUCUGAGAACUCGCCCCCUCACGUAGAGCUCAGGCAGAAGGAGGAACAAAGAAAGCUCAGUCCAGAGGGCACAGAGUCCAACCUGUCGGAGCCGGAGAUGGAGAGCCUUUACCCUCCCUUUGACUCUCUGGCUGCAUCUGAAAACACAAAGAACCAAGUAACCUCUCAAGUGUCAACUGGGAGUCCUUUCUCUCAAGAACUUUUGGACCUGUAUACACUGAAUCUGCACCGCAUUGAAAAGGACGUCCAGCGCUGUGAUAGAAACUACUGGUACUUUACUCCUGCCAACCUGGAGAAACUACGCAACAUCAUGUGCAGCUAUAUCUGGAGGCACCUUGACAUCGGUUACGUGCAGGGAAUGUGCGACCUGCUGGCUCCACUUCUAGUCAUUCUGGAUGAUGAGGCCAUGGCUUUCAGCUGUUUCACUGAACUCAUGAAGAGAAUGAAUCAAAACUUUCCACACGGAGGAGCUAUGGACACUCACUUUGCAAACAUGCGCUCACUAAUCCAGAUCCUGGAUUGUGAGCUGUUUGAGCUAAUGCACCAGAAUGGAGACUACACCCACUUCUAUUUCUGCUACCGCUGGUUUCUCCUAGACUUCAAGCGAGAGCUGGUCUAUGAUGACGUGUUUGCAGUCUGGGAAACCAUCUGGGCAGCAAAGCAUGUCUCUUCCAGUCACUUUGUCCUCUUCAUUGCACUGGCGCUGGUGGAGGUGUACAGGGACAUCAUCCUGGAGAAUAACAUGGACUUCACUGACAUCAUUAAGUUCUUCAACGAAAUGGCAGAGCGUCACAACAUCAAGCAGAUUUUGACCCUGGCCAGAGAUCUUGUGUGCAAGGUGCAGAUGCUGAUAGAGAACAAGUGAUUGUGCUGUUUGUCUUCUUUUCCUUCCGAGCAAAGUGUGACCGGCUGUAGCAGCACAAGAGAAGAACGCACGCUCUCACACAUACAUGAAGCCUUUACAAUCAUUUUGCUGCUAUGAGCCUUACUGACUAUAUCCUCUACGUUAUUCGAUGUUGUUUGUGUUGUCGGCAGGUGUGUGAGAAUAUUACGCUUAACAUUUGUCAGUACGUUGAAGUGAAAACAAAUGUAAAGCUGUUUAAUUUCCAAAUAUUUCUCUUUUUUUCUCAGAAAUCCCUCAAGUGUCAACUUUAGUCCGAGUGCACUUAAUAUUUUCAGAUAAAGAUGGUUUUAGCUGCACACUUCAAACCAAAAAGCAGAACUGAAUUCAACCAGAGACUAUAUUUAUGGGAAAAAUACAUUGUGAUAAUAGUUUAUAUUGAUUAUUUUUCGUCUACAAGAUAGAGCUAUUAAAGAGAUACAGUUAUCCUCUUAUUCUAACGAAGGAAAGAAUGUCUGCAGACUUUUAAUAUGCUUUACACCCUAAAGCAAAAGUAAUUUUUACAGACUGAUUCAGGACACUGGCUUGGAGCCCAAAGUGUAACCCAGUCCAGUUUCGUUUCACACACAGUGUUCAGGAUAAUUCAGCUUUUAGCACCACGUUAUUGGUUUAGCCAACAGUGUUUCCAGUGUUCUUGAACUGCCUCGUCUGCCAAAUAGUAUGUCUUUAUUUGUUAUGUAUGUUAACUGUGGUGUACCGGGAGAAGAAAAUGUGUUUGAAUUAUUGGAAAUAAAUUAUCUUAUAAAAUCAUAAUCUGACAUUUAUGUUACCGAUUGAUGUCUUAGCGGAGAUUCGUGUAAAGAAACAAGCUUGGAUUGAUUAACUUCUUCUUUUUUUUUCAUUAUCCAGUGAACCAAGUGUGAACUUUGUAAAUUGUGAUUACUCAUCUUGAUUUUUUUUCCUUGUGUUGUCCUGUAUCGUCCGGUGCCUGUUUUAAAUGUUAAUUUUAGCUGAAAAGCAGAGAUCAUAUGAUUAUUCAGUGUGAGGAUGGUUUAAGCAGAGAGCUGAGAAUGGAAGUUAUACGUAUGGCAGAUUUUUAAAAGUGCAUUUUUUAGUUUUUUGGCAGAUUCGACAGACGUAUACUCAUCAUUUAAAGCCUAAAACUUUCAAGUGUUGUUUCAAGGGUGUGGUAGGAUGAGCUGCAUUUAAUCUUGGUGUUUCUUUGUGAAUGCUAAAUGCUGUCAGAAAGCCUGUUUUAAUUUAUUGUAACAUUUAUGCCAAAGUAUUUAUUUAUUUAUUCAUUCAUCCAUUUCUUUCUUUUGGAUGCUGCUUUGUUUGUAAAUCGGAUAUUUUUAUUUUGUGGCUAGUUCUAAAUGUGUAUUGUAAAACAAUCAAAUUCUAUACUUAGGUCAUAUAUACAAUAUAUUAAAUGGUAUAUGUUCUAA